AUGAUCGUCUCUCACUUCUGUUUACCUCGUCUCCUUCUUCUUGCAUUCUUCUUCUCUCUCCCCGUAUUUUCAUUCGUCUUCGGAAAUCCUGAAGUUGAAGCUCUUAUUGCAUUAAAACAAGAGUUGAAUGAUCCUCAUGGAGCUUUGAGCAACUGGGAUGAAGACUCUGCAGAUCCUUGUAGCUGGUCUAUGAUCACUUGCAAUUCCGACAGUCUUGUUACUUCACUGGGAGCUCCUGGUGAGGGUCUAUCAGGUUCUUUGUCUUGGAUGAUUGCUAACCUUACCAACCUCAAACAAGUAUUGCUGCAAAAUAAUAAUAUUUCUGGGCACAUACCGAAAGAACUGGGUUAUCUACCAAACCUUCAGACAUUGGACAUCUCUAACAACAAGCUGUCUGGCCAUGUCCCUCAGUCUUUCGGGUUCUUGAAGCACCUUCAAUAUCUGAGGUUAAACAACAAUAGCCUGAGUGGGGCCGUUCCUCUGUCUUUAGCCACUCUGCCUCAACUUACUUUCUUGGAUUUGUCCUACAACAAUCUCAAUGGACCUGUUCCGACUUUUCCCGCCAAAACAUUUAACAUUAUGGGGAACCCUCUUAUUUGUGGACAGCACUCUAAUGAGAGAUGUUCUGGAGUAAACACAGCUACUCCUCUGGCUUUCUCCUUAAAUCCAUCUUCUAACAGAACGAGCUCCAAGAAACUAGCCGUUGCACUCGGAGUAUGCCUCAGCUUCAUCAUCAUUUUAGUCAUACUGUUAGGAUACCUCUUUUGGAGAAAAACCAGAAAAAUCAAGCAAUCCAUUCUUAACAGCACUGAUGUUGAAGAAGAGGAGCUCGGCCUUGGAAGACUCGGAAACCUUAAAACCUUCACCUUCAAGGAACUCCAACAGGCUACCGACAACUUCAGCCCGAAAAGCAUACUCGGAUCAGGAGGAUUUGGCAAUGUUUAUCGUGGAAAAUUGGCAGAUGGGAGCAUUGUGGCCGUAAAAAGGCUAAAGGACUUGACGGGGACCACAGGGGAGUCUCAGUUCAGGACCGAACUCGAGAUGAUCAGUUUGGCUGUACAUAGGAAUUUGCUUCGUGUGAUCGGCUACUGUGCAACCCCUAACGAGAGGCUUCUUGUCUAUCCUUACAUGGCUAAUGGCAGUGUAGCCUCCAGACUCAGAGGAAAACCGAGUCUUGAUUGGCAAACUAGGAAGCGAAUAGCGAUUGGUGCUGCAAGGGGACUGCUGUAUCUGCACGAACAAUGUGACCCAAAAAUAAUCCAUAGAGACGUCAAGGCUGCCAAUGUUUUGCUUGACGAGUUUUUAGAGGCCAUAGUUGGUGAUUUUGGGCUCGCGAAGCUAUUGGACCACGCGGAUUCCCAUGUGACCACUGCCGUCCGGGGCACUGUGGGCCACAUUGCGCCGGAAUACCUCUCCACCGGACAGUCUUCUGAUAAGACUGAUGUUUUUGGAUUUGGGAUUCUUUUAUUGGAGCUUAUAACCGGAAUGAGGGCACUCGAGUUGGGGAAGUCGGUGAACCAGAAAGGAGCCGUGUUCGAAUGGGUAAAGAAGAUACAACAAGAGAAGAAAAUCGAAGUAAUCGUGGACCGAGAGCUGGGAAUGAAUUACGACCAGAUCGAUAUCAGUGAGAUGCUGCAAGUAGCUAUACUCUGCACCCAAUACCUCCCAGCCCAUCGGCCCAAAAUGUCAGAGGUUGUCCGAAUGCUCGAGGGAGAUGGGCUUGCCGAGAAAUGGGCCGCCUCCCAUGAUUACAUCCAUGCCCCUGCAAAAUUCUCGUGUAAUAGUGAUAGAUCGCGGUCGAGUGAGGGCGAUGGGUCAAACUUGUUUGGCUUUGGCAUGAGCAUGGAUGAUGAUUAUGAUGCGCAUUGCAUGGAGCUUUCGGGUCCAAGAUGA